GGGUUCAGCCGUGAGCGGAAGUCACGUGUUGUGACGUCUCUGACCUCGUAACGGUCUGUUUAUAUCCGGCUCUGCUCCUCCUCUGCUGCUGCUCCUCUGCUGCUCCGCUGCUCCUCCUCCGGUCCUCCUCCGGACCCGAACCACGUCGGGCUCCUGCCGCUGCCUCUGAGCAACCCUACAGCAGUGUGAUGUGAGGCGAGGCCCGCUCGGCCACCAUGGCCAGUGUCACGCUGAGGUUCUUCUGUUACGGCUGCCUCGUCACCUCGGCCACCUGGUCCGUCCUCCUCUUCCUCUACUUCUCUUUGGGGGCGGAGCCUGGACGCGGCAGGACCCCCCUACGACACCGCAGCCAGCCAAUCACCAAGGGCCCGGCCGACCGGAGGGCGGGGCUUCGGCCUCUGCUGGCCAAUGAGGGAGUGGAGCUGUCGCCAGAGAUGGGGAUGAUAUUUAACGAGGCAGACCAGGAGCUGAGGGACAGCGGGUACCACCGACACGCCUUCAACGUCCUCAUCUCCACCAGACUGGGAAACCACCGAGAGCUGCCCGACACCAGAGACUCCCAGUGUCAGGAUAAGGUUUAUCCUCUGGCUCUACCUUCUGCCAGCGUAGUGAUCUGUUUCUUCAACGAGGCAUUCUCCGCCCUGUUGAGGACCGUCCACAGUGUCCUGGACCGAACGCCAUCCUACCUGCUGCACGAGAUCAUCCUGGUGGACGACCACAGUGAGCUUGAGGAGCUGAAGGACAACUUGGAUCGGUAUGUCAAGGAGGAGCUGAAGGGGAAAGUCCAACUGGUGAGGAACCAGAAGAGAGAAGGACUCAUUAGAGGACGCAUGAUAGGAGCCUCACAUGCUACUGGGGAGGUGCUGGUCUUCCUGGACAGUCACUGCGAGGUGAACCAGGCGUGGCUGCAGCCUCUGCUGGCUCCCAUACAGAAGGACCGCCGCACCGUCGUCUGCCCCGUCAUCGACAUCAUCUCAGCCGACACGCUGUCCUACUCGCCCUCCCCCAUCGUCAGGGGAGGCUUCAACUGGGGGCUGCACUUCAAGUGGGACCCCGUCCCCCCCGCCGAGCUCAACGGGCCCGAGGGAGCCACUGGGCCAAUCAGGUCUCCCACCAUGGCAGGAGGUCUAUUCGCUAUGAACAGGAAGUACUUUAACGAGCUCGGCCAAUACGACGCCGGCAUGGACAUCUGGGGCGGGGAAAACCUGGAGAUCUCCUUCAGGAUCUGGAUGUGUGGCGGUCAGCUGAUCAUCGUCCCGUGCUCUAGAGUCGGUCACAUCUUCAGGAAGCGGCGUCCCUACGGCUCACCGGGGGGGCAGGACACCAUGGCCCAUAAUUCUCUGCGGCUAGCGCACGUAUGGAUGGACGAGUACAAGGAGCAGUAUCUGUCUCUGCGUCCAGAGCUCCGUGACCGUGGUUACGGGGACAUCGGUGAGCGCGUGGCGUUGAGGAAGCGGCUGCAGUGUCACACGUUCCGCUGGUACCUGGACACGGUCUACCCCGAGAUGCAGACCGUCGCCAACGGCAACAGGCAGCAGCCGCUGUUCAUCAACAAAGGCCUGAGACGCCCCAAAGUCCUGCAGAGAGGACGGCUCCGUAACCUAGCAACCGGCCGUUGUCUGGUGGCCCAAGGACGAGUCAGUCAGAAGGGAGGAGUCGUUGUCCUGCGACCAUGUGACCCUCGAAACCCUGAACAGGACUGGUCCUAUGAUGAGGAGGGUCAGCUGGUCUUGGCUGGUCUUCUGUGUCUCGACGUGUCAGAGGUCAGGACCUUUGACCCCCCCAGACUGAUGAAGUGUCACGGCUCAGGGGGAUCCCAGCAGUGGAGCCAGGGGAAGUCCAAUCGUCUCUACCAGGUCUCAGUUGGACAGUGUCUCUCCGUUGCUCAGCCAAUCGGACCCAAAGGUUACGUCUCCAUGGCGAUAUGUGACGCGUCUCAGGCGCAGCAGUGGCAGCUGGAGGGCUGAGGAGGCGCAACGUUCUCCUUCACCAUGAGGAGCAAUGUUCUCCUUCACCAUGAGGAGGAGCAACGUUCUCCUUCACCAUGAGGAGGAGCAAUGUUCUCCUUCACCAUGAGGAGGAGCAACGUUCUCCUUCACCAUGAGGAGGAGCAACGUUCUCCUUCACCAUGAGGAGGAGCAACGUUCUCCCUCAUAAUAAGGAGGAGGUCUCAUCUCCAGGAUGAGGAGCAACGUUCUCCUUCACCAUGAGGAGGAGCAAUGUUCUCCCGCAGAAUGAGGAGGAGGUCUCGUCUCCAGGAGGAGGAGGAGAACGUGUCUCCUUCACCAUGAGGAGGAGCAACGUUCUCCCUCAUAAUAAGGAGGAGGUCUCGUCUCCAGGAUGAGGAGCAACGUUCUCCUUCACCAUGAGGAGGAGCAAUGUUCUCCUUCACCAUGCGGAGAAAGUCUCUUCUCCAGUAGGAGGUCUUCUCCUUGAGGAGGAGGACAGACCGUUUUGUUUAAAGACAAUCAUGUUUUAAGGACUCUGUGAUUUAAAUGUUCGUUCUCACUCUUUGGAUCGUUUUUUCUCAGGACGACUUUUAUGAACCAGCAGAUUUUAAGUUUUCAUGUUUCUCUAUUUUUAAACACUUGAAAAAUAAUAUGGAACAUCUGAACAGCUGAAUAUCUGAAUAUCAUGAAGUCUUUUUAAUUUUAGAUUCCAUGAACCUACAGGUAAAGUAGGUCCUCACAGUAUCUGUGUGGACAAAGAGACGAGCUUCAGAUGUUAAAUGUUCUGUAAGGAACAUCAUGGACUGAUGAGGAUCUCUGUGAGAGACAGUGGAACCCAGGAGGAGUAGAAGAACCUCAACGAGUUUCUGCUUUAGAACCAGAUCCUGGAUUCAUCAGUGACCGUGUGAAAAACUCACCUGUAGACCUGAACUCACCUGAGGGACGUCAGCUGAUCGUCCUCACAGUGACACUAUUUAAGAUUGAAGUUUUUAAAUUGUUUUCGUAACAUUUCAUCAUCAAUAAAUCUUCAAAA